UGCUUCGGCGGCACACGGAUCAGAACAACGACUGACUUUCUUGUCACAGUCAGAUACUAACUUUAUAUUUUCGAAAUAUAACUGGAUUAAGUGAAGUGUGUCGUGCCGCUAACAAAAGCACUAUAACUAGUGGGCAUUUCGCAGGAAAAUAUUAGUCUUCCAUUACCAUUCCGCUUGUAAACUACACAGAAUGUUAACCUAUCACCUGAGGUGCCGCUGUCUUCAAAGGGUAGUGGUAUCAACUCGACCCUUCUUCAGUGGCGCUCAGGUCGGGACUGCUAUCAACCUUCAGAAGAGAUUAUAUCGCCCGUUGUUAUCUCUGGUCUUUGAUAACAGUGCUGCAAGACGUUCAUACCUCUUCACAUUAAUUGGAUCUGCCAAACAGGCCAUACUUUCUUGCCUUGAAAUCUCCUCAGCGGUUCAAAAGACGCGAAUAAGGCAUACCAGUGUUAGUGUCGUUGUAGGAAAGGGAGUCGGUGUAUCGGAGAUACCACAAUUACGCCAUAAAUCAACAGCGCUUGAAUUACAGAAAGAGGGUUGUGUUGUGAUUAAAGAAAACAUGAAAAGUGCGUUUAAGCUGCUCGUCAAGACGGGAGACCAAGAAGGCGCUGGGACAGACGCUAACGUUUAUGUCACUCUCGAAGAUGAAAAAGGCAGUAAGUCGGCCCGAGUUAAGUUGGACAAAAUUUUCUACAACGAUUUAGAGCGGUCCACAGUCGAUACGUAUUCUGUCAACUGUCCAGAAGAUUUUGGCAAAGUGACGAAAUUAUCCAUAACCAGAGACAGCGCCGGAUUCGCCGACGACUGGUUCUGCGACUACAUCCACGUAGAGGAUCGGCGGCUUCCAAAACGGAAGGUUUCCAAAGAACAGACGAAGUCGGUGAGGAACUUCAUAGGCAGCGAGUCUCUCCGUAUAGACGCAACCCAAGAGAAAAAUAUGUACUUCUUCCCUGUGCAUCGCUGGGUGGCGGCCGACCACGAUUACCUCUUUCAUGAAUACGCGGUUUGUUUGCCACAAGACGAUCCGACGGUGGAGGUGCGAAGGAAAGAUCUGGAGAGGAAGCAAGAAGCUUACAAAUACAUCGUCCACCUUGAAGGAAUGGUAGCUCAGAUUGAAAAUCUACCCAGUGACGAAAAGUUCUCGGAGGAAUACUACUGGACAUUCGCAAAGGAAAAGGCGACGCUUCUUGCGCAAACAAAAUUAAUCGAAUGGACAGUUUCCAAAUGGAAAUCCCUCGACGACCUUCGCAGAGUUUACAAGCAGAGUUUGGGAGAACCAAAAUGUAUGUCAGUAUGGAGGGAGGACUGGUGGUUUGGAGCACAAAGGAUCCAGGGUGUCAAUCCUGUCGUGAUACAACUCUGCAAAUCCAUCCCAGAAAACUUUGAUGUCACUGAGGAAACGGUGAAAGACCUAUUAGAAGACCUGACUUUGGAAGAGGCCUUGGAAAAGAACAAGAUAUUCAUAUGUGAUCUUGCUAUACUAGAUGGACUGGAAUGUAAAGAAGACCGCGAGCUUGCAGCCCCUUUGGCCCUAUUUUACCUAAAUAAGAAAAACGAGAUGAUGCCCGUAGCUAUCCAGCUUAAACAAAAGAAAGGAGCUGAUAAUCCAGUAUACACCCCAAAGGAUGAACCAAACACUUGGCUUGUGGCAAAAAUGUUCUACAAUAAUGCAGAAGCUCAGCACCACCAAGCUCUCACCCAUUUGGGUUACACUCACCUCUUAAUGGAGGGAGUGGUCAUAUGCACGCACAGGAAUUUGUCUCCCUCUCAUCCACUUUUCAAGCUCAUGGCACCGCACUUCCUCUUCCUGCUGGCAAUUAACACGCGAGGACUUGAGAAACUGGUGUCUCCUGGUGGAUGGGUUGACAACUGUAUGACGCAAGGAGUAAAGGGGAUAUUCAACCUCAUGAAGAGAGGCUUCGACAGAUGGAGUUUCCUGCGAGAAGGAAAGGUUCGUGAUGAGAUAGAAUCUCGUGGCUUACUUGACAAAGAGAUUCUGCCAGAUUAUCCUUACCGAGACGACGCAGUUCCUCUCUACGACGUCAUUAGAGAAUAUGUCAAAACUGUAGUGGAACAUCAUUAUGAUACUGAUGAGAAGGUACAUCAAGACUGGGAGCUUAAAUGGUGGAGACACGAACUCGUUAAACCUAGAGAUCAAAACGGAGUUGGUUUACAAGAUAUUCCAGGAGAUUCCCGAGAAGGAUUUAGAACUGUUGAGGAAGUCAUUGACACCGUCACAUGCAUCAUUUCAACGUGCUCCCUAGGACAUGCUGCAGCUAAUUUCCAGCAAUAUGAACAGUAUGGCUUUGUGCCAAAUUAUCCCGGAAUACUUCUUACUGAUUUACCGAAAGAAAAGAAAUCCUACUCUGAAGAAGACAUCAUGGCAAUACUUCCGGAUAAGAGAAUGACCCUUGACAUCAUGGUAAUCACAAAACUGCUUUCAAGCAGAGGUACCAAAAGUCUAGGUGACUUUGAGAUGCAGUAUCUCUAUGACCCAGUUGGAGUCCAAGCAGCUGAGGAUUUCAAAAAGAACUUGAAGAAGCUGAGUUACGCUACGAAGGGAAGGAAUAUUGACAGAAGAUGGAAAUUUGAGUGGAUGGACCCAGAUAUUGUGCCAAAUUCCAUCAGUGUUUAAAUGUCUCAUCUUCAAAAUAACAUUUAAAAAUACAGAUUAUGAUAUUUACUGACAGCUUAAGAUGUCAGAGGCAAUUUCAUUGUGUUGAAAUAACCACCCCUAAACACUGAUGUGUAUUUUUUUAAAUCUAAAAAAUAAAGUUUAUUACAAUAUUUUAUAAAUGCUGACUGUUAUGCUUCCUUAUAAGUUAGCAUUGAACUUCUCACAUGAGAACUCUAUAAGAGUAUGUUUGUUCUUACCGAGGUUCAAAAGUGAAACAUCACUGUUAUUGUAUAGACUUGUGAUAAGGAAAAUGAUUCUACCUGGAAAAUUGCUUUCCCAAAUCAACAACUGAACUUUGUCAAGAUUUUUGCUACCAGUAAUUUUAUCCUUAAUGUGCCUAUUGUUAUUACUGUAAAAUGGUUAUUGUAUUUGGCGGUAUAGAACUGUAUAUGAGGAACUCCAAGUACUACAGUAUGAUGCAUAUGGUUUAUUAAGAGUUAAAUGUAAAUGUAGAAUGAUUUAUUUUUUGCCGGUGCUCUACAUUUUUAUUUAAUACAGCGCACUAGGUAGCUGAUAAAAGCAGACUUAGUGUUAUACACACUCCCAUAGGUAAUUAAAUGCUACAAUAUUCAUGCGAUUUUUGCUUAUUUUAGCAUGUACGGAUAUCUUGCUUACAGGUAACUUCACUAUUUCUUAACAAAGCCACACAGUGACAUGGAGAAUAUUUGGUAGCUCCCAGUCUGAUUUUCCAAACCUUCAGUACCAUUUCCAGAAUACCCUUAUAGUUUUGCCAUUUGCAGUUCUGCCGUUACUGUCGCAAUGAACGAACUGAUAUACAGUACCUGUUUUAAUUGUUACCUUGAUGUUUAUCACAACACAUCGCGUUUGUGUACAAGAAGCUUGUAUAUAUCCUAACUCAAGGCUUGGAGAUAUAUUCCAUGAAUGUUAUUUCCACUCAUUAACAGUAGCAGUUUGUCGUAAAUUCUGGACCAAAGUUUUAUGACCUUGUUCACAGUUACACAGUUAUGUGGAAAUGAGAAGCUAUGCGGUGAAAAAUUUAUGAAUAUCUGAAAUGUGCUAAUGUUUUGUUGACUACUGUUAAAAUGAUCGUGGACUUACAUAUUUUCAUAAGAAUUUUGUUAUUAUAAAUGUAAGGUAUUUUAUAAUAAAACUUCACAAAUA